UUUUCAAAUAUUUAAAUCCACGAAAUUUCGGAAACGAAUCUUUUCAGGAAAAAUAAAAGGAAUAAUAAUAAACAAAUAAAUUGAUCUUAUAUAUAAACAUACAAACCUAUAUUCUUAAAAAGAUGGAUAAAUGGAUUAUAGAAAAAAUAAAAAGUGAGGAUAUUAACUAUUUUGAUUAUAAAGAAUUCAGUGAUAAUGUGGAAAUUGGUAGAGGAGGAUUUGGAAUUGUUUAUAAAGCUAAUUGGAAUAAAAGAGGAAUGAAAGAUGCGGCAUUAAAAAGUAUGUUAAAUAAUAAUAAUAAUUCCCCACUUAACAAAGAAAAAUUUGAAGAAUUUAUUAAGGAGUUAAGACUUAUUCGUUCUCUUCAUUAUCAUGAUAACAUCAAUCGAUUUCGUGGUGUAACACAAGAUCUAUCUGGGAAUUAUAUGAUGGUAUUACAAUAUGCUAACGAAGGAACUUUAAGAGAUUAUUUGGGAAAUAAAGAAAGGUUUGAUUCAUUAUCAUGGGAACGCAAAAUACAAAUGGCGCUUGAUAUUACUAAAGGGUUACAAUGUCUACAUGAUAAACAAAUUAUUCAUAGAGAUCUGCAUUCAAAAAACAUAUUAGUUAACGAUGGCAAAUUAAUGAUCGCUGAUCUUGGAUUAUCUAAACAGUUGACAGUCCAAUCUAAUUCAGAAGCUAAUGGAGUCAUUGGAAUGACUGAAUAUAUUGAUCCUUGGUGUUUCAAGAAUAAUCAUAAUAGUCGAGACAAAAGAUCAGAUAUUUACAGUUUAGGCAUUUUAUUAUGGGAAAUUACAAGUGGUCAUCCUCCUUACAAGGAAAUUGCGGAAAAUUUUAUACUUUAUAAAGUCAGUAAAGGUUAUAGAGAAAAACCAAUUAAAAAUACACCUUCAGAUUACAAAAAGUUAUAUAAAAAAUGUUGGAAAGACAACCCAAACCGAAGACCCAAAAUUAAUGAAGUUUACAGUAUUUUAAACGGAUUAUCAUCCAAUCAUGAUAGUAUUAAUAAUGGUAAUGUAGGAAAUGAGACAAAUAAUAAUCCAGCUGAGACUAAAAAUUCGAGAAAAUCUUUUAUUUCUUCCAGUCUUAUAAUAAACGUAAUAAACGUGAAUUGGAAGUUUAUUAAAGAAAAAAGUAAUAAACCCGGUGAAAUGGAAUUAAAUGAAUUAGUAAAUGAAAUUGUUCAAGGUUAUUUAAGAAAAAAUAAUAAUGGAACGACAAAAACGUUUGACUUUGAACACAUCUUAAGAAAAUAUGAAUCACAGUCAACGUGUCUCUUUAAUCAUCUUAAAAAUAAUCCAUCAAAAAUACAUUAUGAAGUAGUGAUUGGAAUUUUCUAUAAAAGAGGCUUUGGAGUAGAAAAAAGUGAAAAAGAAAGUUUCGACCAGUUUAAAAAUGCGAGUCAAAAAGGUGAUAUAAAUAGUCAUUAUGAACUUGGAGAAUGUUUUUACAAUGGUACUGGAACUAAAAAAGAUUUUGAUAAAGCGUUUGAAUAUUACAAAUUUGCUGCAGAUAAAGGGCUUAAUAUAGCCUUAUUUACUCUUGCAAAGUACUAUUAUAAUAGUAAUGAAUAUGCCAAAUCCAUUGACUAUUACGAAAAAUCUGCUAAUAAAGAUUUCGUACCAUCUCAGUAUUAUGUAGCAAAAUUUUAUAAUAAUGGGUAUGGUAAAAAAAUAAGUAUUAAAAAGGGUUUAAAAUGGCUUGAAAAAUAUCGAGAGAAAGAUGGAUCCUGGAAUAUAACUGAUGAAAUUAAGAAAUUAGAGGCAAGAAAACCUUUAGAUAUAGCGGAAGCAAUAAAUGAAAUAGUUGAAGAUUAUAAAAAAAAUAACCAUACUGGAGCAACAAAGAACUUUGAUUUUAAAUAUACUUUAGAAAAAUAUGAACCGCGAUCGAAGGAUAUUUUUAACCAACUUAGAGAUAAUCAAACAUUAAUACAACAUUAUGAAGUAGUGAUUGGAACAUUCUACAAAAAAGGUUUUGGAGUAGAUAAGGAUGAAAAAGAAAGCUUUGAAUGGUUUAGUAAAGCGAGUCAAAAAAAUGAUAUAAAUGGCCAUUUUGAGCUUGGAGAAUGCUAUUAUAAUGGCAUCGGAAUUGGAAAAGAUUGCAAGAAAGCAUUAUAUUAUUAUACACUUGCUGCUAACAAAGGCUUAAAUAUAGCUUUAUGUAAUCUUGCAGAAUAUUUUAUGAACAGUAAAAAUAAGCGUAAGGCAUUUAGCUAUUACAAAAAAGCAGCUAAAAGCGGGUUUGUGCAAUCUCAGUAUUAUUUAGCGAGAUGUUAUAAUAAUAAAAAAAGAAAUAUUAAAAAGUCAUUAAGCUGGCUUAAAAAAUAUCAAGAGAAUGAUGGAUCCUGGGAAAUAUCCGAUGAAAUUACGAAGGUAGAAAAGCAAUUGGUAGACCAGAAAGAAGGAAAUUCAUUAGCUUUAUUAUAGAUUAAACUUAUAAAUAUAUCAUGGCGCAGUGGUGGCAAAGUAAUUAUGUAAUCAAAAUUUAUGUAGCACUUAUAUUUAUUAUAACUACAUUUAACCAGAGCUCUCUCUAUUAUUUAUUGGAGUUAGGGUUAGGGUGGGUUAGGUUUAUUUAUCACAGCGUAUCACACAUUCUUGUUAAUUAAUCCGGGGACAGAAAUUUUUUAUUAAAAAUCCUAUUCGUCAUCCCUUAUU